AUGUGUUGUCAAAAGCCGUUUGAGUCACUUGAUGUUUUGUCUUCUUUCUUCUCAGCUUUACCCUCAUCUAGAGUGACUGUGACCCCAGCCAGUGCUGUAUUUACUGGAGAGACAGUCAAGCUAAAGUGUGUGAUUGAGCCGGAUCACAGUGACUGGACAUAUGUGUGGUAUAAAGACACACAGAGAAACGGUGUGUUACAGACGUCUAAGCUUCAAACGCUCACUCUCACUAAAGCUGCUGAGUAUAAUCAGGGUCAGUACUGGUGUAAAGGACAGAGAUCUAGAAGACCAAACUCAUCACAAUUAAGCUCUGCUGUUUAUCUCAAUGUGACACAUUUAAAACCAAAGCUUGAACUCAGAUCAGAUCCUGCAGGAGCUGCACUGACUGGAAACACAGUGACUUUGACCUGUAACACUGAUCUGUCCACCGGAUGGGACUUUUACUGGUACAAAAACACACAAGACUCUGAGAUAAAGAUGACAAGAACAAACUCCUACAGCAUGAAGAUUGAUUCAGUGUCUGAUGGAGGCCAGUACUGGUGUAGAGCUGGAAGAGGAAAACCAGUCUAUUACACACAAUACAGUGAUGAACUGACACUCAGUGUUACAGGAUUUCCUAAAGCUGUGGUGACGGUGUGGCCUGAUGAACAUGUGUUCAGAGGAGAAACAGUCACUCUCAGAUGUGAUAUAAAGUGGGGAGGAAACACUGAGUGGACACACAGAUGGCAAAUAGAGCAAACAGACCAAUAUAACCACAAUAACAAAUAUUAUAACCAGUUUAACCAACAUAACAACACUGUGAGCCAAACCUCAACACAAAAGUUGAAGAUCAGCCGCGUUGAGGUCUUUCACCAUGGUAAAUACAGCUGUACAGGACAGAUGGGCAAUCAAAGCUCUCAGCGCAGUGAUGCUGUUGCUCUGACUGUGUCUUCAGAUGAAGCUCAGGCAGCAGUGCGAGUGUCUCCACAGCCGUGGCUCACUGAAGGACACUCGGUGACUCUGAUCUGUGAGGUUCCAGGCUCCUCUACAGGCUGGACGUUCAGCUGGUUCAGAGAUGCUGAUCAUCUGUCAGACAGCAGCAGAGGAGCUGGAGGCUCUUACACUCUCAGUCCUGCUGCUCUACAGCACACAGGAGUUUAUACGUGCAGAGCAGAGAGAGGAGAACCAGCCUAUUCCUCACAGAACAGCAGCGCACAGCCACUGUGGGUCACUGGUGUUUCUGCUUCAGUGCGUCUGGUGCUCAGGCCCAGCAGAAGUCAACACUUCUCCUCUGACUCUCUCUCUCUGAGCUGUGACUCUGCUGAAUGGACCGUGAGAAGAUUCACACACACAAACACACAAGAUUGUUCAGCACAAACAGGAUCUACAUGUGGAAUCCAGUCUCUCAGCACAUCUGACACUGGAGUUUACUGGUGUGAGUCUGAAUCUGGAGAGAAACGGCAUCCUCUGAACAUCACUGUACAUGAUGGUGCUGUGAUUCUGGAGAGUUCUGCUGAUCCUGUGAUUGAGGGAGAAACUCUGACUCUACACUGUUUACAUCGAUCUACAAUCUCCUCCAUCCUCACAGCUGAUUUCUAUAAAGACGGAUCACUGAUCCAGAAUCAGAUGACAGGAGAGAUGAGCAUCCCUACUGUCUCAAAGUCUGAUGAGGGUUUCUACUACUGUAAAACAAAGAGCAUAGAGUCACCGCACAGCUGGAUCUCAGUCAGAGAUUCAGCAGCUCAGAUUUCUGCCUGUAAGAUUGUCAGUUUUCUUCUGACUGUUUGUCCGUAUCUGUCAGCGACAGUCGUGUUGCUCUACAAAAUCUACAAGGCGAGAGCUCAAUCUGCUAAAGAGCAAAGUCAGAACGCUGUAGCAGAGGAAUAAACUUAAGUCUGAUUUGAACAUGUUUAUCAUCUAAAGAUUCUGAAUGUUGAUCUUCAAUACUGUUAUUCCUGCAAUGUUGAAUUUACAUCAUGUAACGAUUUACAACAUUUCAAGAAAGAUUGCACAUAUUUUGAUAGUGUCAUUAGUGCUUUAUUAGUCUUUAAAUGCUGAAUGUAUUUUUGUGU